AUGAGUGAGGACAAGGCCAACCAUACCCGAAGCAAGUCUGUCUUGGAUGUUAUAUUCGGCAACUCAGUGACGGAUUGGAAUGUUUCUGAAGGUACAUUACUAAAAUCUAUAGACUUCAAAAUUGAGCAAGAGAAGACGAAACAACAAUACUACAAACUUGAAGGACUAAAUAAGACCAUAGAAUUACUGAAGCUGGCCACAAAUGCUAAUAUUCCGUCAUCACAAAUAUCGCGUCUGUUUGGUGACUUGAGCCCAGGUAGUGAAGAAUCUUCUAGACAAUCUCAAAGCACUAAUGAAACCAAAACUAUACCUGCGACAGAAUUUCUAAGUCCCAAUAGAAAUGGCACAGUACCGAGUUCACCUACAAACGAUGGUGUUUCAUUGCGUGCACCAGUGUCAUAUAGGUUUCCAGCCAAUAGUAAUGGAGGUCCACCUAGACCUGUGAGAACUCAUCAUAGAACUAAUUCGCCAGCACGUAUUGGUGCCCAUGCUGUAGCGAACCUGAAUGAAGUGAUAUCUGUGAAGGAGGAGCCAGAGCCAAAUAAUGUCCUACAUCCAUCGUCACCAUUGGGGCGCAAAUCACAGUUAGUCUCCAAUCAUACAAGAAACUACUCGGAACCAUCAAGAUUUUUCACGAGCAGUACCACAUUAAAUAACAUCACUGGACCUGUCACCACAGUACUUGACUUCGAGCCGCAUAACAAAAAUGGGAAAGGUCGUCAACCAAGGAAUAGUACUGAUAUGUUAGAAAGCGAUGCGCAUAAGCUGCGAAAUGGAUCCAAAAGAUUAGGUGGAAUAACUAAGAGACAUAGACGAACUAGAUCUGCGUCUUCAUUCGGAGUAAUUGAUUUAAACAUAAUAAAUGAUGCAAAUUCAGAAUCACUGGAAAAAGCUUCGAUAAAUAGGAUGAUGGAAGAAAGGAAGGGAAGAGCUCCUACAUUGAUAAAUGAUAAUGAUGAUAGAACAUGUAGUGAAAGCAGCUCUAGAACAGAAAGCCCUAAUAGGUUUUCUAGACGAAGUUCUGUGACAAAGCUUUUAAACGACCCUUGA